GCCACCCAAUCCUCUCUCGAUCUAUAUAAACGUUUCCAUUAAUCCAUGUGGGAGUAGUACUAUAAAACAGCCACAAACUAGACCAGAACUGAUAUGCGUUGAAGUCUCUCUAUUUCGAGAGUAGUGGUGAGAAUGUCGUCGGUUCUGGCCUCUUACACAACUGCGGCGAGCCGAUCGCCGGUGCUGCCGGCUUCUUCUGGUGUGCCAGCCCGCUGUUCUUGGGGGCCGUCGGUGGCAUACCGACCUUCUGCCGCAGUCAAGUGCGGGCGGAGGCCGCUUGCCGUGACCUGUGCGCUCCCGGCGAAUGAACGGCUGGCAGCAUUCAGCAUUCCCCCCACCGCUCUGCUGUGCCCCGUGCUGCCGCCGGACGGCAAGGAGCGGUGGGACAUCAAGGAGGAGGCGGGCCGCGUCACGCUGUGGUUCCAGGUACCGGGGCUGUCGGAGGACGACAUCGAGGUCAAUGCCAGCGAUGACAUGCUCGAGAUCAAGCGGAGGAGCAGCCUUGCCGGCACCGAUCAGACACCCGUGGACGCACACGGCGUGGGUGCGUUCCACAUCCGGCUGCUAAUGACCAAGGAGUACGAUGGCGAUAGCGUUACGGCCGAGCUCAAGUCCGGCAUGCUGGAGGUCACCGUCGGCAAGCGCCCUCACGGCGACCGCGAGGUCAGGACGGUUACGUUGGGGCCCCAAGGCAAAGGCCAAGGCGCUGGUGCGGCCAGGGUGAGCUUGAAAGAAGAGAUACCGCAAGGUGGAGGCGCGAAACAAGGUGCAGGUGUAGAGGCAGGGGCAAGUGGGAAGGGGUCGAGCUCGACCUAGCCGAGGGCUCUCGCCAUCUUUUCUCCGAUGCUCUCCUUUUGUGUCAAAAGCAAUAAGGCCCAUUUGGAAUGCGGUAGUUUUAUGUGAUUCCUGCGAGAUCUUUGCUUAUGAAAAAUUGAAAUUCCUUUAAAAAUCCUACCUUCCAACGGGGCCUAUAUUCGCAAAGUGUUUUCUGCAAUGUAGAGGAACUCGAUCAAGCCAGCACUCGGCUUAAAUCAUUUUUCAUGGUUGAACUUGUGUGUGCA